AUGGUUCCUUUUGGCACGCGGCGCAGCGUGCCACUGCUACAGAGGGCCCAUGCGCUGCUGUCGCAGGAUGUUUUGGUCGAUGAUCAGCUGAAGGAGUUGGCGUACGUUGCAGAGGAUAUGGUAGCGCACUUGGUACGCUUUGAAGGGCAAGAUCUCUCGCAACACCCGACAUACCGUGCGGUUGUGCGGCUGGGGAUUCGUUUCCUCCUGUUGGAUGCUGUUGUGUGCACCUUAUUACUUCUCAAACAGACACCAGAUGAAAACGAGUGGAGGCCCAUAGCAGAUGCUAUUAGCCACGCCCUGCCUGACCCUUGCAUAAUGCCAAACUUCACAGAACGGACGCAUUUCUCCUUGUCUCUGGGUCAGGAGCUCAGCAAUGCAAUACAAAUACUCAAGACGGGAAAACGGCCGGAUCCUACCAGACUCCUGAGGAUCAAACGCAUGAUGUUCUGCUUCACGUGGUCUCCUGCGCGUUUCAGGCACAAAGAAUUUGAUGCCUGGAGGCGGCAAUGCAAAGGCGGCACUUGA